CGAUAAGCAAACAAAAGGCAACUGUGCGCCCAAACCCCAUCUCUAUACACCAACACUAAAAAAUUGGCAAAAUCUGAAUAAAGUAAAAUAAAGUCAAAUAAAGCAGGAUAUUCGAGUGCGCCGAUCACAACGCAGCGUAGCGAAAGCCCUAAUUAAAUUGCCAGUGUGCACCAGAUAGGCCGAGGAUUCCCAGGCGGCACGAUGAGUGUCCUGGCGUAUCCACGUACUAACGACGAGGAGAUUUUCCGUCACUGCACGAAGGACUGCGGAGUGGUGACAGCCACUGAGGACUUCCAGUACUUCGCCCUGCGAUGCAUCUUCUGCAGCGAUAAGUUCCUCUACUUCGACUCCUUCAUUGGCCACAUGCAGACGGUCCAUUUGGGCGACCAGUCCGUGGCGAAUCCCGCCUCGCGUCACUCUUACAAUCUCGGCGAGCCCAUGUCCCUGUCCAGUCGAAACGGGGAUAUGCCCAAUUUCCACGAGAUCGAGGACCUAACGGAUGCGGACACAGCACUCCUGGAGCCGCAGAUGGUCAUCAAACAGGAGCUUCAGGAGUUGCCCUGCAGCGACGACGAUGUAGUUGCCGACGAGGACGAUGACGAUAGGCUGCAUGAUUCCGACGCCGGAGAAGAUGAAGACGAGGCCAUACUGCCCGAAAGCGAUGCUCCGGUGGUCAGCUCCAAGUCACGAGCGCGCAAGAAGGUAACAAAGCCGCGCCAGGUGGACAUCCCCAGCGGAGGUCUUAUCGCCGGAGACGGUGACUCCUCCUUGGACGACUACGGCGAUCCGGACCACAGCUACAUGGAUGACAAUUCCGGAGAGUACAUGGACUAUGGCGGCUUCGAUGGUGCCAAUCACGGUGGCUUUGGCCCCGAAUCUGAUUUUCUCAGUUAUGAUGAGAUGGUGGAGGAGUCGCUACUGGGACGCGACAGGGAGGUGACAAUGCACAUCAAGGACCGCAAGAUGAUACAGUUCCUCAUCCAUUCGUAUCAGCGCAACCCCUUUCUGUGGGACCACGGCAACGCACAGUUCCGGGAUCGCGUGAAGCGCGCCCGCUUCCUCGACUGGAUCGUAUUGGAGUUCAAGAGCCGCUUCAACAUCUCCCUGGCAAAGGACGCGAUCACCCGCAAGUGGGACAACCUGCGGACGGUGUACAAGCGGGAGUGCAAUCGGAUGGCCCUGGAGAAGACCAACAUCAGCACGCUGUGGUACUUCAAGGAGCUGCACUUCCUCAAUGAGGUGUACAGCUAUAACGACAAAAUGUCCGAUGCCGUAGUCAAGGAAACCUCCUAUCGUCGCCGUUUCUCGGCCAUUUGGAACGACACAUCGACGGCCAAGCUCCUGAGCAUGGUGAAGCGGUACCAGUGCUUCUACAACCGCUUCGAUCCCGACUACCGCAGCAAGGAGCGGCGCGGCGAGGGCCUCCACCAGAUGGCCAUUGAACUGCAGCAGCUGAUCGACGUGACCACCAUCCAGAUCUCGAAGCGCAUCUCCCAGCUGCGCUUCGACUACUCCAAGCAGAAGAUGGAGCGGCUGAAUAGCGAGCGUCUGGGAAAGAAGUUCAUUGCCAACUAUAUAUACUACGAUCAAAUGCACUUUAUGGACGACGACAUACCGCCGUUCAAGUGCCCGCACUGUCCGGAGAUUGUGCAAACACUCAGGGAACUGGACCUUCACAUGCUGACCCAUCAGCCCAGUUUGGGUGGCGGCUACUACUGCAACAUUUGCAGCAUUCAGUUCCACAACGCCGAGGAGUUCGAUAGCCACAAGCAGUUGCAUUUGGGCGGCGUCGCGGAGGUGAAGUUCAACUGCGAACUGUGCACGGCCAGCUUCCGGGAGAAGGCCAACUACGAGGAGCACCUGCGGCGGCACAACGAGGAGCUGUUCCUGCCCUCGCUGGCGCUGAAUCACAGCAUCAUGGAUGGCGGUCCGGCGGACGAUGAGAUAGCAACCGAAGGCGAGGAAUCCCGAGGCAGCGGUGGCCGUCGAAGAAGGACGGGCGGUGCGAAUGCCUCAAAGUCCCCGGAGGGCAUGGUCGACGAUGAAGACCGGAUGGGCGGAGGCGGCAGCGACAUCGCCAAACCGUAUGGGUGCGAGGUGUGCCGCCGCAGCUUCGCCACGCCGGGGCACCUGAAUGCGCAUCGCAUCGUCCACCAGGAUGAGCGGGAGCGAUGCUACAAAUGCGACUAUCCCCAGUGCAAUAAAUCGUUUGUGGCGCGCAACAGUUUGUUCGAGCACUUGAAGCAGCACUACAGCAACGAGGAGUUCAAGUGCGACAUCUGCGGCAAGACGUUCAAGUCGACGAAGAAUCUGCAGAACCACAAGCAGAUCCACGACAAGGUGAAGCGUUACGUGUGCCAGAUAUGCGGUUCGGCGUUCGCCCAGGCGGCCGGACUCUAUCUGCACAAGCGGCGGCACAAUCGACCCAAUGGAGCCGUCGGCGCUGUGGGGCGUUCGGGUCGUAGCAGUCUGUGAGAUAGGGAGUGGGAGAGGGACAAGGACAGGGACUGGUCCAAGGCCAAAACCCGCGGUCGGGGGCGGGGUCGUGGCCGCGGACGCGGUCGCGGUCGAUACGUCAAAUAGUUUUACGAAUAACUGAAACUGCAACUGUAACGUCUUUAAAUUGCCAGUAAUUCAGGCAGCUUAGUUAGCUUUCUUUAGCUUACUUAUACUAAUUUAAGACUCACUCAAUGUUCAGCCCCCUUUGCAUUUCGAUUCGGUUGGAAGACAAAGGUUCUUAUAGUCAGGAAACUUAAACAAACGCGUUUGCUAUCAAAAUGUUUUCGAACUUUAAUGAGUAGGAAAGCCUUAGGUUUGACUGAAACGAAAUUGCAAUCAGGCUGUAUUGUAUUAUUUUGUUUAAUAUAAUAAUUUGAUUGUAACCUAGACUUAGUUGUAUUUUAUAUAAACACACUUACCUGUAGUCGUACUUAAAAGCAAAAGUAUUUAACAACGCCCAUGAACGCAAGUUUAGGUUUAAGCUACAUGUCGAAAACUUCCACCCACUUCCCAAUGAGUUUUGAUUAGGUUCAAAUAGACAGAGAAAGAGAGAUAGGAAGGGCCAGAAUGAUAGAGAGGGAUAGAGCGGUACUUAUAAUAAAUAACAAAUACUUAACAUUUCUGUGCCAAUUUCGAGUUCUCCCCAAAACACUCAAUACAAAUAGUUUAAUUAAGCAUGUAAGAAUUGUAAACAUUCCUCCCCGUACCCCCAAAAUCGAUGUGAGCGGGUCGAUGCAUUCCAGAACUAAGUAUUUCGUAAAGUAUUCUAUGUACUAACUAUAUAUUUAUAUGCAAAACAUAAAGUGCAGACAACCAUUUGCCAUCAAACUGAGAGAAAGCCGAACAGAAAACUGCAGCAGAUAAUUAAACAGCAAUAACUAUGUUACUAAGUUACUAAAAAAAACAAAUAUGUUUAAGCCCCUGAAAACGAAAUCCACACACACACAAAUGUAAGGUGCAGUGCGAGUCGCAGUCAUAAGGCAAUUGCCACUGCCCGUUGGCCACGAAACGCACUGUCCGCGAACGACUGAAUCUUUAAUACAUUUCGAGGCGAGUUUGGUUCUCGAAAAUAACGCCGCUUCGUCCUGUAAAUGUAACUGUAACCGUACUCGUAAUCCUACCUGUAAAUAUAUAACUCGAGCAGGCCGACUAACUGUUAACAGCAUGAAUAGCUAUAGCCGUGGCAAUAUAGCAUACGAAAACGAGAGCCCACUGCUGCCGGGCGAUGCUUCAUUUAAGCCUAAGUUCAUUUAGCACAAUUUCCGCUUACUUUUGCAAAAUUAACCAAAAUCGAAGACCGCUUAUCAAGGUCCGUUCGACGAUAACGGAUCGUCUUGGUUUCCUUCGGAUUAAGCCAAUCAUUCAAACAAAUUGUGAAAUAGUUAACAGCAACUAGGAAACGAAAAAACAAAAACAAGGGGAACCUUUAAAGCCAGAGGGAGAUUAGAAAACACAAGAAUCGUAACAAAAGUGCGCUUCCAGGAGAAUCAGACGGUAAAAACACAACCUACAAAAAGCAAAGAGAAACUCAUCCGAUAAGAACGAAAUAUUUAAACAAAUUAGCAUCAUAAUAAAUAUUUUAAAACAUAAGAAGCGUCUUCUAAACAACAUGUAUAUUAACUGAGCGAAAAGAGAAAAAACACAAAUCACAAUUUUAUUUAUCCUAGAAAUAUCAAAUGAGAUUUUAGUAAGAUACAAUAUACACACACAUAUUCGAAGUAUUCUCGAAUAAAUAGGUUUAAAUAAUUUAAAAACAAAACAAUAAA